GUCAGAAAGCCACCGAUCAAGAAAAAUUGCAGCAAUUCAUUCAACGGGGUCUUCCAGUGUUUGCUUGCGUUUACAUAAAAAAGAAGCCAUGUCAACCAAAUUGAAAGCAAAGUUGGCAGCGAUUGCGGCUGAAAAGGCGGCGGCCGAAGCCAUGCCCGAAGGACAAAAGAUUGUCGCUCAAUUCAAAUCGGCCGAUGGCGAUGCCACAGGUCCACCUUUGAAUCUGCCCGCUGAUGUCACUCCCGAACAGCUCGAAUUAUUAUUGAAUCAGCUUCUUGAACAGGGUGAAGAUCCUUUGCCGUAUUCGUUCUAUGUCGGGGAAGACGAGAUCCGAAAAAAUUUGUGGGUCGAUCGCAAAGAUAAAUCAACCGAAGAUGCCAUUACCAUUGUCUACCAACCUCAGGCGGUAUUCCGUGUCCGUGCCGUAUCACGAUGUACCUCGACAUUGACAGGUCACACGGAGGCUGUAUUGUCCUGUUCAUUCAGUCCCAACGGCAAUCAAUUAGCUACGGGAUCCGGCGAUGCUACUGUUCGUGUUUGGGAUUUAAACACGGAAACGCCUCAGUACACAUUAAAAGGUCACACCGGUUGGGUAUUAGCGAUUGCAUGGUCGCCCGACGGUAAAACCUUGGUCUCGGGCAGUAUGGAUAACACAGUGCGAGUUUGGGAUCCAAAAACAGGCAAGCCUGUGGGUGAUGCGCUGAAAGGCCACACCAAAUGGAUUACCGCUCUGGCUUGGGAACCUUAUCACUUGAACUCCAAAGCCAAUCGCGUCGCCAGUUCAUCCAAAGAUGGGAGCGUCCGAAUCUGGAAUACCACGUUACGACGAGUGGAAUUCACCAUCUCUCAACAUACCGCCGCCGUUACCUGUGUUAAAUGGGGUGGCGAAGGCUUGAUCUAUACGGCAUCACAAGAUAAAAGCAUCAAAGUGUGGAAUUCUCAGGGUAUGCUGGUAAAGACUUUGGUCGGUCAUGGUCACUGGGUCAACACGCUGGCUUUAAGCACGGAUUUCGUCUUGCGUACCGGUCCCUUUGAUCACACCGGUAAACGUUACGCUACCGAGGAAGAAGCACAACAAGCGGCUUUGGCACGAUACAAGGCAUUCAAGGGAUCUCGACCGGAACGUUUAGUAUCUGGUUCGGAUGAUUUUACCAUGUUCUUUUGGGAACCGGAGCAGAGUAAGAAACCCAUCACACGUAUGACAGGUCAUCAAAAGCUUGUCAAUCACGUCAGUUUCUCUCCUGACGGUCGAUGGAUCGCCAGUGCCUCCUUUGAUAAUUCCGUGAAAUUGUGGGAUGGUCUGACUGGCAAGUUCAUUGGCAAUUUGCGUGGUCAUGUUGGCGCAGUGUAUCAAGUGUGUUGGUCAAGCGAUUCCCGGAUGUUAAUCAGCAGUAGCAAGGAUACAACUCUGAAGAUCUGGGAUAUUAAGAAACUCAAAAUUAAGCUGGAUUUGCCCGGUCAUUUGGACGAGGUAUUUGCGGUGGAUUGGAGUCCAGGAGGUGACAAGGUGGCCAGUGGUGGCAAAGACAAGCAACUGAAAAUCUGGCGACAUUAAUGAUUUUUUGGCUCCCAAGAAAAAAAUCAUCCUAUUCAUUCCUUCCCCCGAUCUUUAUUUUGUUUUCUUACCAUUUGUUCUGGUUCUCUUGGCUUCUUUGCACUUUUUUUCUUUUAUUUUUAUCUUUGCAUUCCCCAUUUUUUCCAUAUUUUGCUUCAUGGAGAAAAACCGCUUUUAGAUCAUAUCACCUCAUGUUGUAGAAAAAUGUUUACACUUCACCCAUUGUAUUGAAAGCACACUCGCUUGAUUGACAAUAUUUUAAUCAAACCAAGUCGCUAUCUACUAUAUCAUCAUUGUAGACUCCUUAUUUGUAGCGAUAAACAAAACCAACUUCUGAUGCGGAUGAUGGCCG